AUGCAGAUCGCAGAUAUGGCAGCCAGCACAACGGCGCAGAUUCUUGUCGUCUCUCUUGGUCUACUGAUUUUCGUUCUGCUAUGUCCUUGGUUUGGCUAUCUCAGGUUACCGUCAUCUAUGCGAUGGUGGCCAUCAAUUCCUAGUGGACCUCUUUCUGCUCUUAGGUUAUCCCUCAAGGAAUACAGUGGAUCCAGAUCCAGCGAAAAUGGCUAUAAAGCGUUCUCCAAAAAAGCAGAGCCAUUCGCAAUAUGCAACCCGAGCUUCUAUCCCCAAGUCCUGCUACCACCAGAGCAAAUCCCAUGGCUACUGAGUCAACCCGAAAACGUCCUGUCCCACGAAAAGGCCAACGAAGAUGUCCAUGCCCUUCCAUUCCUCGCUCCAGCAUUCGACAACUACGACCAUCUCGAACUGAUCAGAGCUAUCCGGACUGACCUUACUCGCAAUAUUCCAAAUACAGAAGACGCAUUUCUGGAUGAACUGAGACAUACAACGAAUGAAGUGCUCGGCGCUCCUGGCGACAAUGCAUGGAAAGAGGUCAAUCUGACUGUAGCGUUGGACAGCAUUAUAUUCGGGAUAUGUCUGCGGCUCUUCUUUGGAGUCUCACUUUCUAGGAAUCGGACAUUUGUUUACUAUGUCAAGAUCUUUACGCGUGUCACUGGGGCCAUGAUGCUUUUCGUGUCUCAAUUAGUUCCGUGGCCGCUUAAACCUGUUGUUGGCAUUGUUGCCGGUUUCCCGAUCUAUUAUUACUGGGUGCGUCUUAUUAUUUACCUCUAUCCGACAUUCAAAGAACGCAUACAGUGCCUCAGAACGAAGAAAGAGACUCCUCCAGCAGAUAUGGUCACAUGGAUGGUUGAUCUGGCCAUAAGCCAGAAUCCGACACGGAAAGUACACAUCAGCUCGCUGAUAGUUCGGCUUACCCUCAUCAACAUAAACGUCAGACUAACUAGAUCCUCCAAGGUCUUCCUCCCCGUCGACGUCCUCAUAGCAAUGACAGAUAACUUCUUCCUCGACCUCCUCAGUUCCGACCCAGACCGCAAAUACUACAACGCCCUACGUCAAGAAGCCGAAGCCGCAUUCACAAACAGGGACAAAACCCAACCCAUCUCCCAAUCAAUGCCCUACAUGGAAAGCACCAUUCGCGAAAGUCUCCGACUCAGUCCAUUAUCCGACCGUAUGCUUUCGCGACGAGUCGUCCACAAAGGAGGCAUCACACUUCCUGACGGACAGUUCCUUCCUCGUGGCACCUGGCUCGCUGUGGCUGCUGUUGGUGUUCAUCGUGAUGAGCGGACCUAUGAGGAUCCGGAUGAGUAUCGGCCGUUUCGGUUUCUUUCGGAGGAUACUGAAACUAAAGAAGCAAAGGCUAUGUUGGUGCCUGUGACGAGUGAGAAGUUCUUGGCUUUUGGGCAUGGGAGGCAUUCUUGGACAAUGCUUAUUAUUGGGUAUAUACUUGUGAAUUAUGAUAUUGAGCCGUUGGAGAAGAGGCCGGUGAAUUCUGUCGUUGGUCAGACUAUUAUUCCUCAGUUGGAUGUUAAGAUUCGGGUGCGGCGGAGGGAGUAG